UCCAGCAGGGUUCGCUGUUCGCUUCCCCCGCUUCGCUUCCCUCAGCGAAGCGUCGUCGACGCGGAACUCCGCUCCGUGUUUACGUCCCCGCUCUUUGUCCGCAGAAAGCAGUAAAAUGUGCGCCGUGCAGCUGCUGCGGGUGUCGGUCCACGAGCGGAUCAGCGCCGCCGCUGAAGACGUUCUGCUGCGGGUGGAAACGGGAGAAGAACCGGCGGAAGUCCCGGCGCUGAGAGCGCUGCUCACCGAGCGGCUCGCGGCGGCCGCGGAGGAGAUCGUCGGUGUGUUCGAGGAAACCGUGGCGGAGUACGAAGCCAGAGCUGAGCGGGCAGAGCGGGAGGUCUGCCGCCAGAGGAGGCUGCUGGAGGCCGUGCUGAAGCCCGAAGUCCGGCUGCACAGAGCAGGGAGUCCUGCAGACAUCCAGAAGCUGUCGGCGAGAAAAGAAGAGGUUCCCCCUGAGCAGCAGGAGUGGAGCCCCAGUCUGGACCAGGAGGACCCACCAGAGCCCCCACACAUUAAGAAGAAGUGGAGCCCGAGUCUGGACCAGGAGGACCCAUCAGAGCUGCCACACAUUAAAGAGGAACAGGAGGAACUCUGGACCAGUCAGGAGGGAGAGCAGCUUCCAGGGCUGGAGGAGGCUGAUAUCACCAAGUUCCCAUUCACUCCUGUCCCUGUGAAGAGUGAAGAAGAUGAUGAAGAGAAACCUCAGUCCUCACAGCUUCAUCAGAGCCAAACUGAACAGAUGGAAGCUGAUGGAGAGGACUGUGAAGGACCAGAACCAGCCAGGAACUCUGAUCCAGAUCAACUUUUACAACCAGUUAGUGACGACAAUUCUCUGGACUCGACUGAAACUGACGACAGUGAUUGUGAUUGGACACAAACAAACGCCCAGUCAGGUACAGAGGCUCAGAGGAACAGUGAAGCCCCAGAAAGUGAUACUGGAUCGCCAGCAAAGGAGCGACCCUUCCCGUGCUCGUAUUGUGGUAAAAGAUUUAGCCUUAAGGGGAAUUUGAACAGACACAUAAGAGACCACACGGGCGAGAGACCGUUUCCCUGCACAGGUUGUGACAAGUCAUUUAAAGACAGCGGAUCUUUAACGGCCCACAUGAGGUGUCACACCGGAGAGCAGCCGUACAGCUGCUUAUUCUGUGGGAAGAACUUCAGCGGGAGGGGAAACAUGACCCGGCACAUGAGGAUCCACACCGGAGAGAAGCCGUUCACCUGCUCGGUGUGCAGCAAGAGCUUUCACGUGAAAGAGCACCUGAACAGACACAUGAAGUACCACACGGGAGAAAAACCCUUCAGCUGCACCGUCUGCGGGAAAGGCUGUGCUCAGAAAACAGACCUGAAGAAACACAUGAGGGUCCACACGGGCGAGAAACCGUUCAGCUGUCCCUUCUGUGGAAAGUGCUGCUCUGAAAAAGGAGACCUGACCAAACACAUGAGGGUCCACACGGGAGAGAAACCCUUCAGCUGCAACGUCUGCGGUAAGAGCUGCGCCCAGAAGGGGAGCCUGAAGAUCCACAUGAGGGUCCACACGGGAGAGAAACCCUUCAGCUGCUCGGUCUGCAGCAAACGUUUCACCGUUACAGGACAUCUGAAGAGACACAUGAAGCUGCACGCGGCCGAGCCGGCGGAUUCAGCCAAGGAGCAACAGGAAGCUGACGGCGCCGAACCUCCGAACACAUCGUGAUGUUGUGCAGUC